AUGGCCACCGCCCCCCUGAUGUUCCUCCCUGGCAUCCUGCUUCUGACCCAGCUGUCUGCUGGCUUGGCACACCAAGGCCCCCCAUUCUGGAGGACCCUUCAUGGUCAUGGGACCCCACAUUGCUAUUCAGCUGAAGAGCUGCCCCACGGUCAGGCUCCCCCACACCUGCUGGCUCGAAGUGCCAGGUGGGAACAGGCCUUGCCUGUGGCCCUGGUGUCCAAUGUGGAGGCCAUGGGCCACAGAAGGCAGCAUGCGGGGCCCCUGGCUAAAGCCCAGUGCCCUGUGUUACGACCGGAAGAGAUCCUGGAAGCUGACACCCACCAGCGCUCCAUCUCGCCCUGGAGAUACCGCAUUGACACGGAUGAGAACCGCUACCCACAGAAGCUGGCAGUUGCAGAGUGCCUGUGCCAGGGCUGUAUCAAUGCCAGGACAGGCCGUGAGACUGCAGCGCUGAACUCUGUCCAACUGCUCCAGAGCCUGCUGGUGCUGCGACGCCGGCCCUGUUCCCGUGAUGGCACUGCAGCCCCCACACCUGGAGCCUUCACCUUCCACACGGAGUUCAUCCGCGUGCCUGUGGGCUGCACCUGUGUCCUGCCCAGAUCAACACAGUGA